UUGAACACCGACCGUCGUCCCGCGCUAUCUUCACAGCGGACAACGCGUUCCAUAUUCAAACCGACGCGUUCUAAACUCAAAAAACGUGUCUAUUAUCACCUUAUUUUUAUAUUUUUGUAAAAAGAAUACUUGUGACGUAUUUGUGUAACAGCCAGUACUUUUCGCGAAACUGUUUUCGAAUUUAUUUACUGUAUUGGAAACUUUUUAAUGAAUAUUUUAUUGGUAAACCCAAUGCAAACAGUGGUUAAACUAACAUGACAAGCAAACAAAGUUAAAGUGUGAUAUAAUCGGCGUCUGUCGGGGAUUCGCGUUGUUACUAAAAUAAACUCCAUCAAACAGAUAUAAUUAUACCACUGAAUGUAAACAGGGAAUGAACGAAUGAACUGAAGUAGGUAUCUGAGCACUUCAACCAAUUGUAUAAACAAUGAUGUUGCGGUCGGUACCUUUGUAUACUUUAUGACCUAUACUCUGUAGCGUCUACAUAAUAGACCACAAAAUAGAAGUGUAUUUCAAAGUGAUUGAAUUAAAAAUAAAGUGCAGAUUAGUGCAAAGUCAUGGGAUUUCAAACACUACAACGUUAAAUGUAUCACUUUGGUUGAAAGGAUUUUCCGGGACUUCACGCCAAGUAUCGAUCAAGAUGCCGCUUCCAAAAUUAAAGCGAUGUUGCGGAUGUGUGCCGUUGGAGACAGGAUGCAUCGCUCUGGGUUUCAUAUCAUUUAUGGCGUGCAUCGCAGCGAUCGGAGUGUGCUCAUGGAAGCUUCCAGAACACAAGGAGCAGCAGAAUGAAGACAACCUGGUGCUCCUCAGCAUGACCAUGUUUGCCACGCUGUCUGCCAUCAGCAACCUCACUGUCCUUGCUGGGAUCGCGCUGAAGCGGCCAUCAUUCCUACAGCUGGCGAUCCUGUCCAACUCUGUGUUCAUCCUGUGCAUAUUCCUGAUCUCCAUAGUCACGUGUCUCUUCAGCCCUGGUCUCGAGCCCCAUCUGCAGUCAGCCGGGAACAUCACUCUGGUCGUCAUACUGCUUAUCAGUGGAGCUGUGUAUUCAAUGUACUACAUGACUAUAGUAAACAGUCAAUAUACGAAGAUGAAGAUGGCAUACGGAGACAGCGCCAUACCGGUGUGACAGUGAAUGUUUUACUGUGUUCAAUGAUAACACAGAACUAUGAACUUUACAGUGAUACUUACGUAUAUAAACCCUCGCUUAUACCCCUAAUGGGGUGGGCAGAGCCACAAGUAGCAGAAGACUUGCAGCCACUUUUGAUACGAAGGGAUACGAAGUCCGAGAAUGGAUUUAUUGAACCUUAUGGUGUAGUUAGGUAAGCGAGUAACUAGAUGUCGCUAACCGUAUAGCUUACAUGUGAAAGUAGCGCCAUCUAGUGACGGUGUGUCGUAUCAUUAUGGACACUUUAUGGACACUUCGACAGUUAGUACAAAUGCUCGCCACUGGCGCUCCAUUUGCGCGCGAAAUAGCGGCAACUUUUCUAGUAUGGCGAAGCAAGGAUCUCUCUGUUUUACGUAGUACCUAUAUUAAUUAUCCCAUGCUAACGGUAUUUAAACAGAUUCCCUUGCUCCUCUAUUGGAACGGCAGAAUAGAAUCUCAGAAUUUGAAAACGAAUAGUGUCUGCAAGGUAUCUUCUGGCAGCUUGUGGUAAAACAUUUGUCUAGUCUUUAAGAUGCUAAAGUAUUUUCAACGUCUGAUUAUAAUGUGGUGGUUUACACGUCCACCAAUCUGCAGUGGAGCAGCGUGGUGAAGUAUAUACCCCACAUCUCCUUCGGUUGAUUGAGGAGAGGUCUGUUUGACAUAGGUAUAUAGUAUAAGGUAUAAGCCUUAGACUGUUUGUUAUAAAUUAUAAUGAUGAUAUUCAGGGUUAUUAGUGACAUCGUAACGAAAACUUUGAAGGAUGAUUCAGACCUUGAUUCUGAGUUCUAGUGGAAUUUCCUGUCGGAAAUUUCAUGAAAAAUUAGUUUAUUUUUUAAUUAAUUUAAAAAUUUUCAGUUCCAUAAUAUUAUUAUGCUUUGAGCUGCAUAGAACACUAAAAAGGAACAUUGCAAAUCAAACAAUCGUCUAGCGACAUUUCGCGUUGUUCGAUUUACAUUACGCCGCAGCAAAAACUUUAAAUUUUAAUUAAAGUUUUCAAAGAAAACAAUUCUAGAAAUUUGUUUUUGCUACGGUGUCACUAACACCCUGUAUAAGGUUGAAUAUUUCGCUUUUCUUGUUUACAAAGGCAGAUAACUUAGCUUGUAAGUCAAUAAUUUACCGAACGAACGCCAAUUCUAUUGCAGAAGCAACAUAACUGUAUUGAAUAUCGAUUGCGCUAUAUUAUUGAUAGCAUUCGGAACGUGUACAAAGUCAAGGCCCCUUCAAAUUACUAGGCCGAGCCCUUCUUCAUUUAAGACAUAAUAACAAUAAAUUACUGUCCAAAAGUUUAUGGGCAUCCUUGGCCAUGUUGUGGAGGCCCUAUCACACAAGGACGCCAUAGUGGCACAUACAAAUGUAAACGCAGGGCUAGCUAACAUUUACCCCGAUACCCUCAUUCAGCGCUUAUCGCUAUCGACCCUCUAGGGUCGAUUAAUUCUUUCAAAUAUUUUUCCUCUCAGACGACGCCCUGAGCAGAGGUUCGAGCGCAACUGGGUUGCCCAAACUGCGGCAACUAGGUAUGUAACCAGCCUCAACUCAGGGUUAGGUAUUCUGUUGCAUAGUGAUAUACCAUUAUAAGAAAUCUCAGAUAAAUUACACAAAGUGUUAGUGACGUAAUGAAUACUGAGCGCGAUGGUUCUGACCAUGAUUCUGAGUUGAUAUCAAGUGGAAUUUCCGGUCGGAAAAUGUAUAAUUAUUUUUUUUACUAUUUUCUAUUCUAUACUUUUGCGACGGAAAAUUGUACUUGAUAUCAUUUCAGAAUCAUGGUCUGAAUCAUCAGUAUUCGUUACGAUGUCACUUACACCUCGUACAAGUACAUACAGAAAGCCAUACAAGUAGGUAUGGGUGUUAGUGACGACGUAAUGAAUACUGAGCGGUAUGAUUCAGACCAUGAUUCUAAGUUGACAUCAAGUGGAAUUUCCUGUCGGAAAAUUCAUAAUUAUUUUUUAUUAUUAUCUAUUCUAUACUUUUGCGACGGAAAAUUGCUCUUGAUAUCAUCCCUGAAUCAUGGUCUGAAUCAUCCCUCAAAGUUUUUGUUACGAUGUCACUAACACCCUGUAGAUGGGAGUUGACUUAAGGCUAGCUUAACACAAUUUUCUUGUCACGACGUCGUGUCGUAGAUUUCCACGACGCGACGUCGUAUCGUGUUUAUGUGUGGGAGCCCUUAGGUUAUUACUUUUAUAAGUUAACAAACCCGCGUUGGCGCUGGUUAAUGCUCUUUACCACCUUCACUAGAUUGACGGAAAGCGUGUGCUGUGUACAAUAUUACUUGCUUGAUGUGUUCGUUUAGUUCGGAAAAUACCAGUCAUUGAAACGUAAUUUUUAUUGAUGUAAUACGCCGUCAGUGAAAUAUAGCUUAAGUUUCGUAAGAUUUUCGUAAGAAUGAAAGUUAAUUAAAUUAAAUAUGUUUUAUGAUAAAAUGUAAUAAUCGAGCUUUUUUAUAAAUGGAAAAUAUUUUAUACUGUAAACUAAGCAGGUGCCUAUGUAAAAAUAUAAAUAAUUAUUAUAAAGGAAAUAUAUUAUUAUACUCUACUACGCAUAAACAGUUUCAAUCAGUUGCCUAAAUGUUUACUUAAAUAAAACAUUUUAAAAAUAUUAUACGAGUUAUAAGUGAUUUAUAAAAUAAAACAAAACAUAAUUAUUUAACCUUUUUAUUUAAAUACUCAGUGCAUUUAUAUAACAAAGCGUUGUACAACAAUCACAAACAUCAAAAUUUCUAUAAAAUUAAAUUCAAUUUUAUACAUUUUAUGUAAAAAAUAAAUGUCACGACAUUUAAAGCGUUUUUAAUUGAUCGAUAGUUGUGCGAACAUUCGCGGGUUUAAAGGUCUUCCUCACUAUAGCAUUUGACUCACAGAAUGUUGAAUACUUGUGCUAUAACGCCAUUUAGAUACAGAAUUCACUUAGCAGAUGUUAUGCAGUACAUAGGUAAAUAAUUUUACACAAAAUAUUUCACUCAUCAAACGCUCGAUCAAAGCUUUUUCGAUAUACUUAAAUUAAAAGUACUUUAAACCGCGAUGUUACCACUAAAAAUUACACAAGAUACUGGUUCAAAUACAUAUAUCAAGUACUUUCUGUAAAGAGAAAAUUAUUAGAUAAUAUAUUAUUUUAUAGUCCACAUAUGUGCCAGGAGUAUUUUUCAAGUAACCUUACUUUUAAAUAAUUUUGAAAAUGGAUUUCUGAAACAAAUAAAUUCCAAUCACAUUAAAUACCUCAAAACAACGUAAAUACACAUAUGUUUGAAAAGAGCCAUCUCCUCGUAUCGAAUAAAUAUUCAAAAGUACAAGGAAAAUAAUAAAAAAUCCUUUUGAACCAGUUCCUUUUGACACAGUUUAAUAAAUACAUGCACUGAACACACGCGACAUAACAGUGACAACCGAAACCCAUCACAUCCAAUGGGACGCGCAAUUUGAAAACUUCGCAGAAUUCAGCUUUGCGAAUUCACAAGUUCUAGCUUCGCGAAUUCGAAAGCUCUGGCUUCGCAACUUCACAUGUCACAUCACCGUUACUGAUAUAUUUCGGUCGUGACUUCGCAACCUCAUAAACUUCUUACGCGUAUAAAAUAGCGAUGGGUCGUUAUCGGUUUUUGAGAUAACGUAACGUAAGCGUUAUGUGAUUUCCAAUAACUAGUUUCUUAACUAGUGAUUUUUAUAACUAGUUAUUUUCACAACGUUCUGAAGCAAACGUGAUAAUUGUAACGUAAAAUCGUUUGGUUAGGUAGCAGUAUAACUUAAUUCUUCUUCACGCACACGUAUCGUGUAUCGAUACUAUUGUAAAACCAGUGAUUUUGCGUGAGUAGUGAAAGUAGCCAAACAUCGACGCUAUGCCUUAAACAUAAGAGUGAAUUCGAUUUAACUUUAUGGCGUUGUGAUUAAAAGAGUUAUUGAAGACUGAUGCCUAUUUCGAUCGUUUAAAUGGCGUUAUUAAUAUCACUAGUUUUUGUUGUAGUGGAAAACGAGUGAUCACUGUUCGAGCUCGUAACUGCAUAUAUAACCAGUUAUAAAACACUCUAACAAACAUCUAAUAGUACUUCAUAUUCAUAACAUCAGAAUACACCCACAAUGAAUAAAUAUACAAUAUAGUAUAUAGUGUAUGCGUUUUCAAGAUUAUAAUACUAUCAAAAACAAAAUAUAGAAUAUCCGAAGGUAGAAGAUAAACUUUCAAAAUACAAUAAAGUUUCAAAAUAUUAAAUGUCCCGUUCCACGAGCGUCUCUUUUCAGUAAUAAAAUAUAAACCCAGUUACCCGGUGAAAAACCUCAAUAUUGUUAUUAAAUUGUUGAGUAAAAAUAGGUAAAUACCUAUGUAAUAAAUAUAAGUAAUCAUUUCAUAAAUAAAUAGGGACUAUUAAUUUUAUAAUAUUCUUAAACAUAGAAAUUUUGAGAAGCAAAUAGAAAGAUUUAUUUUAUUAUAUUUUCAUCAUAAUUUUUUACUAUUAUUAUUGGCAAAUUCAGAGUUUUUAUUUCACUUGUCAUACAUUAUAAACAUAUAAGCAAUGAAACAUUAGAUAAAAUAUAUCUAUUUGCUUCUCUAUAAACGUACAUAAAUAAAUGUCUGGACAUAAUUUUAGCAAGAUUUUAAUUAAAGCGAAGGACGUGUUAUUGUCAUUUUUAUUUUCUUUAUAUUGGUUCUACACGAGACACGUAGAUACAUCUAAAAGUACGGCAAGUAUAUACAGAAUGUUCCUUUCUUUUUCUCUCCAGUGGAUUGUGAGAUCAAUGACCGACGUCAUCAACGCACCAUUCCUUCAACUACCAGAGAAGAUAAUAAAAACUUUUCUUUCUCUGUCCCAGCAAAUAUCAGUCACGAUUUACGAUGAAUGUUAAGGUUAUUUCUUAUAAUUUAUAGGGUAUUUUGUAAACUUUUUCGUGUAUCUCACACUAAGUAUAUCCCGCGAAAAAUAGAAAACACUCAGCAGGAGAUAGCUACAUACACAUGUGGUAGCUAUUAUGUAUGAUUUCGCUUGAACAUUUCUAUUUUUUGGAAGAUCCUGUAUUACUUACCGUUAUGGCCUUAAUUUAUCAAAAUACCAUAUACAUUAUGUUCGACGAAGAGAGCGAAAUCCAAGCAUUUUAUAUAGAAAAAAAAUUAAUUCUUUAGCAAAGUAUUGGAAUUAGUAGUCAUAAUAUAAAAGCGACUCUAUAUUAUUAGUAUAUUUUUUAAAUGAUAGAAAAAUGCUUGGAAUUCACUCACUCAAUAAUUAUACAUGGCUACAUAAAUACAAUUUCUACAGAUACACAUUUUACAAAUCGAAUAUUAUUACCCAUUAAUAGAAUUUAUUUCUGCUAAAUAUUAUUUAAUAAUAUUUCGCUGAUUAUAAUAUCCGCAUAAAGAUAUGUAUAGUACGAGAUAUAGAGGUACAUAAGACGUGAUACAUUGGCAUUGUUUACAUAGUUAUAGAGCUCGAAAAUAUGAAAGCAUAAAAUAAGCAUUCAGUACUAUCUGCAACCAUUUAUUAUUUAUAAGAAAAAAAUUUAUCAAAAAUUAUGUACUUAUCGCUUACUUAUAAAUUCCACUGAGAUGCGUUAAAUUGUUAAGUAGAAAUUGCGUCUAAAAAGACUACGGUCCUUUUUGGAACCACAUGGUUUAAAAAAUCAGUAAACCUGGUAAUAGGUACAUGGGAAACGCGUCAAAAGUGUGGACAACUUGAAAAAAAGAGACUAACAUAUAUUUUUUCAAUAAGUAACUUUUAAAUGCCUUCGAUAUGUAUAUAACAUAGAAAAUAUGUAUACAUAUAAAUAUAUACGUAUAAAAUAUGUCACUGAUACCUUAAGCUCUUCUGUUUAACAACCUAGGCUACAUAGCUAUCAUGAGUCGCAGCGCGCUGUCAGAACUAAUUACUAUAUUAACUUUUUGAUACGUCUAUGAACAAGAUUAUAGCUUGUAAACACACGACAGCAAUUUUGUAAUAAAUCCUAUACUUUAUGCACUCAAACGAUAUGAUAUAUUUAACAUGUUUAUAAUUUUCUUCUAACACCAAUUACUUUCAAAACAAACUACUAUAAUAAUAAACUAUAUUUUCAAAACGAAAA